AUGAGUCAGAAAAUGGCCAAGGAGGGUCCCAGACUCUCCAAGAACCAGAAGUUCUCAGAGCACUUCAGCAUCCACUGCUGCCCGCCCUUCACCUUCCUCAACUCCAAGCGCGAGAUCGUGGACCGCAAGUACAGCAUCUGCAAGAGCGGCUGCUUCUACCAGAAGAAGGAGGAGGACUGGAUCUGCUGCGCCUGCCAGAAGACCAGGCGCCGCGCCACGUCCCCCCAGAGGCCCAAGCACCAGCCCGCUGCGCCCCCCGCCGUGGUCAGAGCGCCGGCCAAGCCACGGUCCCCUCCGAGGACUGAGCGUCCGCCGCGUCCCCGCCCCGAGGUCCGACCGCCACCUGCCAAGCAGCGCCCCCCUCAGAAGUCCAAGCAGCCGCCGCGCAGCAGCCCCCUGCGAGGGCCGGGCGCCAGCCGCGGGGGGUCCCCCACCAAAGCUUCUAGGUUCUGGUAA